GAAAGUCGGGAUUUUGCUCAUUCAUGCGCCGGCCGAAAGGGGUUGCGCUCCGCCAUGGAUCAGCAGAUUUGUGUCUAGAAGUCUUCUAGCUUUGUGGGUACUUGUAAGGAUUUGUGAAAAAAAUUGGGUAGGAGGCUGUGGUGGUGGUUUCAGGAAGUGAAGGGUUGGAAGGAUUGCGAGGACGAAGGUGGGUUUGUGGGGAUUGUGGGAGUGAUGGAGCCAACUGAAGCACCAGCGAUUCAACUGAUAGAUGAGAAAGGAAGUUUUAACGAGGCUGCGUUGGUGAGAUUUUGCAAGGAAGUGGGGCUUUCAGAAUGUGGACUUUCAUAUGCAGUGGUAGCGAUCAUGGGGCCGCAGAGCUCCGGGAAGAGCACUUUGUUGAAUCAUUUGUUCCGGACUACGUUCAAGGAGAUGGACGCGUUGACGGGGCGAAACCAGACAACCAAGGGUGUGUGGUUGCAGCGAGCAGAGAGAAUAGAUCCUUGCACUUUGGUGAUGGAUUUGGAGGGGACGGAUGGGAGGGAAAGGGGAGAAGACGACACGUCGUUCGAGAAGCAGAGUGCACUGUUCUCCCUUGCGAUUGCCGACAUCGUGUUGAUCAACCUGUGGUGUCAUGACAUAGGACGGGAGCAAGCGUCCAACAAGCCUCUGUUGAAAACCGUGUUUCAGGUGAUGAUGAGGCUGUUCUCGCCGAGGAAGACGACGUUGAUGUUUGUGGUUCGAGAUAAAACGAGGACGCCCAUGGAAAUUUUGGAGCCGAUCUUGAGAGAGGACGUGCGGAAGAUUUGGGAUGGUGUGCCGAAGCCUGAUAAGCAUAAGGAUACGCCGCUGACAGAGUUUUUCAACGUGGAUGUGACUGCGUUGUCGAAUUAUGAGGAGAAGGAGGAGCAGUUCAAUGAAGAGAUUGUACAGUUGAGGAAGCGGUUCCAGAAUUCGGUCGAGCCGGGAGGAGUGGCGGGAGACAGGCGGGCAGUGGUUCCGGGCAGUGGAUUUCCUUUUAGCGCGCAUGAGAUUUGGAAAGUGAUCAAAGAAAAUAGGGAUUUAGACUUGCCGGCGCACAAGGUUAUGGUGGCGACGGUGCGAUGCGAGGAGAUUGCGCAUGAGAAGCUGCAGAGUUUGAUGAAAGAUGCGAAGUGGAAGAAGCUGGAGGAAGCGUCUAAGUCGGGCGUGGUUCCCACGUUUGGGAAGAAAGUCAGUUCCAUGUUGGAGAAGUAUGUUUCCGAGUAUGAUCUCGAGGCAGGGUUUUUCGACGAGGGUGUGAGGGGCGCGAAGCGAAAUUACUUCAUAUCGGAAGCGCUUGCGAUCAUCCAGCCAGCUUAUGAUGCUGUGAUCGCAAAUCAUCGCACGAACGCGUUGGAGAAGUUCAAAACGGACCUGCAGGCUGCGGCGGAGUCUUCAAACGAGGAAUUUGCAGCUACUGUCCGACGGUUCUCUGAGACGACAUUGAGUGAAUUUGACCAAGCUUGCGCAGAUGCGAGCGUGUCCCAAUCAGCUUGGAAUCCAUUCCAGGCGCGGGAGGAGCUCAAGAGCAACAUCGACGCAAACGCGCAAUCCUUGCGAACUGAGAGGUUACAAUUGCUGAAAUCAAACUAUGAGAAGCGUUUGGAGGACGUCAUAGGGGAACCAGUGUCUGCGAUCCUGGACGCAGCCUCCUCAGACGCAUGGCCAUCUAUUCGAAUGAUCGUCGAGAACGAAACCGAGCUGGUCACCACCUCCCUCAAAAAAGAACUCUCCGGAUUCGAGCCCACCCAGGACGAGGAGAAACAAAUCUUCACGGACCUGUCCAAACACCCACGCUUAAUCGUGGAGAAGAAGGUACGCGAGGUGAACUCUCAGAUUCUAAUCCGCAUGAAGGAUCGCUUCAACACUAUCUUCGGCCAUGACGAUGACUCAAUCCCUCGAGUUUGGGGUGAGGAGCACGACGUCCGCGCCAUCACAAAAUCUGCAAGACAAGGAGCCCUCAAGAUGCUCUCUGUAAUCGCAGCCAUCCGACUAAACCCAGACUCAGACCAAGACGGCGUCGAAGACGUCCUCAUGACUCUAAUCACCGACUCCGAUUUUUCCUCACACGACGGCUCUCGUGAUGGGUCCGUUGGCUCCAACCCCUUCGCAUCCUCGACAUGGCCAGGGGUAGACCCCAAGGACACCAUGCUCACCCCGGCGCAAUGCCGAAGCUUGUGGCGCCAACUCAGAGCCGAGACGGAGUACACCAUCAGCCAGGCACUCACAGCGCAGGAAGCAAAACGGCGGGGCAACACAUGGAUGCCGCCCCCGUGGACAAUCGUCGCCAUGUUUGUGCUGGGAUUCAACGAGAUCAUGGCAGUGCUGCGCAACCCUCUCUAUCUCCCCAUCGUGUUUGUGGCCUUCUUGCUCGCCAAGGCAUUGUGGGUGCAGCUGGAUCUGCAACGCCAUUUCCAGUAUGGUGUUCUGCCUGGGAUUGUUUCCGUGUCGGCCCGGUUCAUGCCCUCCGUUAUGGAGGCGUUCAACGGCCUGGUGGCUGCAGGCACUGCGAGACCGGCCAAACCCACAACAAACCCUAAUCGAAGAAUGCAAGCCAAGCCUGUUUACGAAUCAUAGAUCGUGCAUGGAAUAGAGCGUGCGAACGAGUAAAUUUCUUGCCGGGAAUGUGUGCAUAAUUGGAGGUGUUGAGGUCAUAGUUUUGUAGAUAGAAAACAAUAGAAAAAAGGUGAUGGACCGAAUGAUUUAGGGUUUAGUACAUUUGUACAGGAACUACAUAACAGAUCAUUCAACUGCCGAGCCCAUCAAAACACUCACAUCUG